AAAUUAAAACCAAUUAUCAUUUGGCACGCCAAGAAACGAAAGAAACCCCUGUAGUGUCAGUGUUCUCUUAUCUGGCCAAGCGAUCGUGAUGAGCUAACCAGACUACUACAUGCUUCUCGCAGACAACGGCACAGCGCUUUGUUUGUUCUCCUUCUGAUCUCUCCGUCCCUCUCUCAUGGCGAUCGCAGCUGCUACUUCACUCCCCCUGGUUCCUUAUUGUGGUGCAUGUCAUGCAGAGGGGGUCUGUUGCUCAACAUCAUAUGGGAUAACAAACGGCUGCCUCAUACCUUGUUUUGAUCUUCGUAGAGUUCCCGUUCCUGCUGGCAUAAGAUGCAAGAUUCCAUUUUUCGGCUCAACUCAAUUCCAUUGGAUGUCUUCGGGACAUGAUCUUUGUCUUUCAAAAGUUUCAGUUGCUGCUGACUACCCAGAUUCUGUUCCUGAUUCUUCUAGUUACACCAGUGACAGAGCUUACCAUCCUCUUGAAGAUCUAAAAGUUUCCAGAAGAAUCCGCUACACUAAGCUUAGUUCAGCUGAAAUUGCAAGAACCACAGUCGAGGCUAACAACUUUGCUUUGCUGGUCUUUCCUGGGAUGGUACAUUGUGAACCACAUGAACAAAUUUCAUGGGCUGAAUUUCAGUAUGUUAUUGAUGACUACGGAGAUAUAUAUUUUGAAAUUUUGGAUGAUGCAAACAUCUUAGAAGAUCGUGGAGCAAGUAACCCUGUGAAUGUGUUGAUUGGAAUGGAGAUUCCAAUAUAUAAGAACAGAAACAAAGCUGGUGUACACAACAUUUCUAUUGAAGAAGGCUUUUUUGACGAUGAGGUUGUGGAUUCUGAAGGGCCUGAUAUUUCAGUGGACUGGGGAAUGCUAGAUACUUCUAGCUUGGUCCACCCUAUUUAUUUUGCUAAAUGCUUGACGAUGGCCUCUGGUAUGGAGUACAAUAAAAAAAUGGAUGAUCCGUCCAAUGGUGUUUCCAUUGUGGGCUGCCUCAGACCUGCUUUUGCUGAUGAAGAAUCAUAUAUUAGAACGCUGUUUCAUUGUGUAGAUAGUGAUGGAUACAGCUCAGACUGGAAAGAUGAAGAAUUCUCGAGCUUGAAUUCUGAAAGUGAUCAAGUCAACACUGGCUCAACUUUGUACAGGCUGGAGAUGAUGAGAAUAGAGCUAUUCUCUGUGUAUGGUGCCCAGUCUGAAGUUAGCUUGCAAGAUUUUCUAGAUGCUGAGCCUGAUGUUCUUGCACAUUCUACUCCAGCAAUUGUAGAGCGGUUUGGCGAGAUGGGUAUUAGUUGCAAUGCUGCUCUUAAAGCUCUUUGCAAAAAGAAGGGUCUGGAUGUUGAGUCAGCUCAUUUGAUUGGGGUUGACAGUCUGGGCAUUGAUGUUAGGGUUUUAUCUGGGGUGGAAGUACAAACACAUCGCUUUCCUUUCAAAGUCAAGAUGUUGCCAGACCUGAUCCUACCUAAAACUUCAUGAGGUUAAUAGGUUUCGACCAGGAUAGUAAGAGUGAUUUACUGAGUAAGGCAACUUCUGAAGUUGCAGCCGAGAAGCAGAUUCAGCAACUUCUGUUUCCCCGUUCUCGCCGCAAAAAAUUAAGAAAUCAUGGGGUUGGACUUCGGGAUGUGGAUUCAUACUAAACUCAGCUGUUUUUAGGAUCAGUCUUGAAGAUAAUGUCAGGCUUAACUUAUAUAGGAGCUCUCUCUCUAACCGUAGCCUGUCCCCUGAAAACCAUUUUCUUUUUGUUUCUUGGACUAAUGCUUUUGCAUAUUGAGUUUGUAAUGUACACAACGGUUAUGCCCCCACCCCCAUCCUCUUUGUUCCCCACCAAAUCCUCCAUCAGUUUUAUCUGUCAGAAUAAGAAUUUUAUUCCUUUUUUUGUGCAAGUCCUAGUAUACGGACUGAUUGCAGUAUAUCAAUAAAUGAUGGCUGGCUGAGCCUUCUCUCUCAA